CGCACCAGCAAACCUGCAGAUGCUUGCAUCCGCAUUCUGCGGAGCGUUUUUUCAAAAACAAAGUGCCUGAACGGGGACUCACUAGUUGGAUGUCGAUGACUGACGAUGGCUAGCAGGUGCAGAGGCAGUCCUGGGAUCAGGAGGACAGAUGAGUCGCGGGAAACGAAAGCGUCCAUUGAGGCUGAGGAGGAGGACGCUUUGCAGGCUCUCCCGCCAUGGAUGCGGCUGUACUUCUAUGGAAUGCACGGACUGACUCUGGAUGUCCUGCUCUCCUCGCUGCAAGGGGUCGUGAAUCAUGGGGACCCCAAGUUGGUGGGCUUCUCAUCUCCGUAUAUGUGCGUGGUGCAUUCACUGACCCACUUAGCACUGGAGAAGGUGUACUCCCAGAAGAGGUGUUUUAAAGGGAGGCCUGUUGUGUUUCAUCUUGUCUUCUAUCCGUCUGUUUACAUCGGGCUGCAGCUCCUGACAGCCAAGCAGGUCAUAUCAGGCACAUACCUGAUCCUCCACUACAUCUUGGCUCUUUAUUUCAGCAAGGUGUUCCACAAGGGGCUGUCCAGGCUGCAGUACCACCCAUCCAGCUCUGGCCCACCUCCUCACCGCCUCCCAGGUUAUGUCCGCUUCUUGUUCUUCGGGAUGCACGGCUUUCUGGACGAGGUGGCGUUCACCUCAGCGUUCAACCUAGUGGAGAAGUCCGACCGGAGCCUGAGGGGCCACACAUCCCUGUGGUCCUUCCUCAUGUACGGCAGCUGCAGCUUUGUGGUGGAAAAACUCUACCUGCACCUGCACUUCAGCAGAGGCUGGGGGACCUGGCGCAGGCUGCCCAUCUACAUCUGCUUCAUCUACACGUGGGAGCUGUGCUGGGGUCUGGGACUGAGGCAGUUUGGGGCCUGCUCCUGGGACUACUCGCACUACCCACACAACUUCAUGGGACUCAUCACCCUUCUCUACCUGCCGGGCUGGGCUUGUCUCAGUCUCUAUCAGGACGUGCUGUCCAAUGUGCUGCUCAGGAUCCGGUGCAUCAAAGCGACCAAACCAGUGAGCGAGAGGGACUGAGAGGUCAAUGGAAAAAAGGCCUUUAAAAUUGGACCUUGGCAUUGUUGCGUUUGACCACGUAUUGACCAAAAUACUGUCAAAACGUAUGCAUAAGGUAAGAACAGGAUUAUUAAGUGACAAAACUCAGCUACUUCAAAACAAAAUGCCCUUUGCUGGGUUGUACAUGUUUUGCAUUCUGCUACAGUAUUUCUAUCAGCUCAGAAUUCAUGAAAAGCUUAUAAAAUACAUUCUUGUUGCCGCGUGCUGGAGUGCAAGUCUGUUGGUUUGCAUGUAUAAACCUCAAGACCCCGACUAUGAGACGAGCGGGGGGGAAAUAUCAUCUUAAAUAUGGUCAGUAUGGUAAAUGAAGCUUUUUACUGCAUCUUCAAGGUCUAAACGGCUGAGCUUGCAUCAAAAUAAACAGGAGACUUUGAUG